ACACUGUGAUGACUAAAACGUUCCAAACUGUACUUAAUGUUGUUAAUGUUUCUGGUCUUAGAAAUUAAAGUGAAAUGACGUCACGGUUUAAUCAAAACACACUGUAUGACUUAAGUAUAUGCGGGCAAAGACAUUUCUUAACAUGAGCUUGACAGUGAUAAAUAUUUCAUGUUUUAAACCUGUUUGCUUAUUUUUGGAUUUUUGCGUGUAAAAAAAAGUGUGAAGUAUUGUAGUUCUUUUGUGGCUUCAAGUGUGAGUUUGCAGCACUGAAGAGAUGUUGUGACAUUUGUAAUUCCUGUGAUUACAGCAAUCAGAGUUGACUGUACUGUCGCUACUUCUGAAUGUGUUUUUUACUAAUAGGUCUGUCUAGGAGGCAGUGGUCACUGUUCACAGAUUCACAGAUGGAGACACUGCCACGACCAGAAUUAUUUUAUUUCCAUGGAGUCGGUAUGACCAAAUACUUCACUGAGAACUGGGAAAAUACUCAGAACUUCAAAGCGAGACCAGAUGAUAUUCUUAUAGCCACCUACCCUAAAGCAGGAACUACAUGGGUCUCAUACAUUCUUGACCUCCUGCAUUUUGGCCAAACACAUCCAGAGCGCCUUAAAUCUGUUCCUCUUCAUGACAGAGUGCCUUUCUUAGAGAUAUAUAUUCCCAAUUGGCUCUCAGGUACAGACCAGGCAGACCAUCUCCCCACAUCUCCUCGUCUCAUUAAAACUCAUCUUCCAGUCCAGUUUGUCCCCAAGUCCUUCUGGGAACAGAACUGCAAGGUAGUCUACGUGGCCCGUAAUGCUAAAGACAAUGCAGUGUCCUAUUUCCACUUUGGACGGAUGAACAAUGCUCAACCAGAACCAGGAGACUGGAACACUUUCCUACAAAACUUUAUGGAUGGAAAGAUGGUGUUCGGUCCUUGGUAUGAUCAUGUGAACAACUGGUGGAAGAAAAAACAGACUUAUUCAAACAUUCAUUACAUGUUCUAUGAAGAUCUGAUUGAGGACCCCGGUAAAGAGAUAGAUCGUCUCUGUUCCUUUGUGGGUUGUUCUCCUUCAGCUGGAGAGAAGAAAAAAGUCCUGGAGGGAACAUCCUUCGACAAAAUGAAAGAAAACAAAAUGACCAACUAUACCACUGUUCCCGUAAUGGAUCACGCAGUGUCUCCUUUCAUGAGGAAAGGGAAAGUUGGUGACUGGAAGACCCACUUUACAGUAGCUCAGAGUGAACAUUUUAAUGAGGACUACAAGCAAAAAAUGAAGGAUUCAACCCUGCAGUUCCACACUGAAGUUCAAAAGAGCCUGGAUAACAGAUCUUACAGAUUCUGAACCAAUUUGAUCACUAUUAUGUACAAAUCAGUGACUCUGAGGUGAAGGGGAGCAGAGUACAGCAUAAAAUUAAUGAAAUUAAAUCAAAUAUCUCACAUUUAUCCACCAGUCCUUAAUAAUAAUCAGUGCUCAAUGAACACCAGACCCUGAACUGAAUGUUAACCAUGGUUGUUGGUUAAAUUCCUAAUGAAGUUAAAAAAAAACAAAAAAAAAAAAACAAAAAACAACUUAACCCAUAAAGACCCA